AUGAAACCACAACGAUAUUUAAUGGAUUUUAAUCUCUCAAAGUCAUAUUUGCCGUAAAAAAUACAAGCAAAUCGCGAAUCAUCAGCCAAAAAGCUGAGCAAUUCAGAAGUGAAUGCUGCUAUGCAAAAAUACUUCUAAUUGCUCAAAAAGAAGGAGAGUAAAGUUUAACAUCCAAUUAUCACUCCAACUCAAUCGUCCAAGAUUUUAAGUCAACUUGUGACGAAAGUCUCACCUUAACUGGACAUCUAAUACCCAGUUAAACCCCCAACACCAACUGGCACUUAAUCAUAUAGACCAUCAACUGAGAAGAAACCACACCAUCGUCCCCAGCAAUCAGUGGGAUAAAGCAAGGAUUUGAUCCUAAAAAAGCUUCAGAGUGCGUUGUUUUAGAAGCCAAAAACACAAUCGCAACAGGUUACUCCUAAAAGUGCAGGGAAGGGCAGUCUAAGUGUGAACAAGUAUUUUGAGAGCACUAAGAAAUUAAAUUAAGAUCAGCCACAAUAUUAUAUAACUAAAGUUAAGAAUGCUUUCACGAAACCCAUACACGACGAUUAUUUUAGUCGGAUGUACAGAGAGCAUUUUUUUUAAACCUAUUAAGGAAUAUAUGUUGCUUCAUAUUUAUCGCCAGCCGAUCCAAAGGAUCUCAAAAACAAAUAAGUACGUCUUAAACAAAAGGAUAUUUAUAAAAAUAAGAUUAGCAUUGUGUUUGAUCUUGACGAAACCUUGGUUCAUUGCAAUGAGAGUCUCGCCAUUCCCAGUGAUGUUAUUCUUACUAUUUAAGUUUCCCCUCAAGAAACAAUAAAAGCAGGAAUCAAUAUUAGACCUGGAGCCAUAAAACUGCUUGAACUAUUGGUCAAUGACUUUGAAUUGAUCAUUUUCACUGCCUCUCAUCCUUGCUAUGCUUAGAAGGUUAUAGAGUAUCUGGAUCCGAAUAAGACACUAAUCUCACACAGUUUGUACCGUGACAACUGCAUAAUGACCACAGGAGGAAUGUAUACAAAGGAUCUGAGAAUAUUUGAUCGUCCAUUGAGUCAAUUGGUUUUGGUGGACAAUGCCUCUUAUUCUUAUGCUUGGCAAUUAGAAAAUGGGAUUCCCAUAAUUCCCUUCUAUGACAACAAGGAAGACAAGGAAUUGGAGUCCUUGCUGAAGUAUCUGAGAGGGAUGCAAGGUUGCAGAGAUGUCCGAGAUUACAACAAAGAAAACCUUAAGUUGCACAACUUCUCGGAUCCAUCAGGGCCUGGGGCAGUGUUUGAGAAAUUGUUUCAAUAGAAGAUGGAAAUCUAAUGA